CAGCCACCAUGUGCCAUGGUAACAACCUCCUCACGUGUUCUGUUUCUUUCUAAGCAAUUGCAGAAUAAUUUCUUUUUACAAGCAGAUCUUGCAGGCUGUGCAGGAUGAGAAGGUCUAUCAGCACUUGAUGGGCUGGGACACUUCUGGGCAUUGAAGCAUUUUUGAUGUGAAGCAUUUUGCAAAGUGAUGACCAGGGCAGCCUUUUCAGCACUGCAUGCAAUCUCCAGCCUUGCCAGCAUUUGGGGCAGCACGGGGUGGGGUGUAGAGCCAUGCUGAGCUGCACAGCACCACCUGUCCCUUAGCAGAAAGGAGGGCACAGGAACAGUACAGGCCAUUUGUGCAGAGCUGAUGAAUAUUCAUGAUCCAAGCUCUAUGAGCAAACCAGCAGGAAAACCACCAAAGCUGGUGGCUGUGUUCUGCCACACCACUGCAAUUAAUGCAGUGACAGACACUCAGAGGAUGACAAGUGCCACUUCUGACAUCUGUUUCUAAAAUAGCAGCACCUGGAGCCAUAGCAAAUACAGGUCCUGUCUCCUAGUGUUACCUCAGUAGUCUUCUUUUCCCUCCCCCAAUCCUGAGCGCUCUCCUCAACAUUGGACAGGCAGCAGUGAGGAAGGCUGAGCUGGCACUGCAGUGCUGCCCAGGAUGAAAUGCAGGGGCCAUGACCAGGUUCAAAACCUGAUGGAGAUUACACACUGCCUUCUCAGCAUUUCUGCUCACUUCGUGCACUUCUGACCUCUGGUCUACCUGAAAGUCCCUGCAACUUUACUGCUUUCUUAUCUACACAACUGCCUCAUGGGAAACAAUAAAUGGCUGCAAUCUUCCUUUUCUGUUGAAUCUGUUUUUUAAAAGGGCAGAAGUAAUGAGGAUUUUUCCUUUAAGCGUGGUGUACCCCAUUUGAGUGCAGGGGAACACAUCAGCUGCGGCCGCACCAUGCUGCGCUUCCUGUGGGACAGCGUCUCCCUGCAGAUGCUCUUCGUCUUCCUCUUGGUCUUCCUGCUGGUCGCUGACUACAUGAAGAGGAGAAAGCCCAAGGACUUCCCUCCCGGUCCUUUUUCCUUCCCUUUCCUGGGAAAUGUGCAAUUUUUGUUUGCCAGAGACCUCUUGGCUGCAACAGAGACGCUUACUGAAAAAUUUGGAGAUAUCUUCAGUUUGCAAGCAGGCAGCCAGUCAUUUGUGAUUGUAAAUGGGCUUCCACUGAUCAAGGAAGCUCUUGUGACCCAGGGAGAGGACUUCAUUGGUCGCCCUGAAAUUCCUCUUGAUACAGAUAUCUUCAGUAAAUUGGGGCUGAUCUCCUCCAAUGGGCACCUGUGGAAGCAGCAGAGAAGGUUCACCUUGACCACCCUCCGAAAUUUUGGCCUGGGGAAGAGGAGCCUGGAGGAGCGGAUCCAGGAGGAGUGCCGGUUCCUCACGGAUGCGUUCAGGGAUGAGCAGGGAAAUCCUUUUAACCCUCACCUUAAAAUCAACAAUGCUGUUUCAAACAUCAUCUGCUCCGUCACCUUUGGCAAUCGGUUUGAAUACCAUGAUGAGGACUUCCAAAACUUGCUGCGGAUGAUGGAUCAGACUGUUACCCUCCAUGAGAGCAUAAUGAGCCAGCUGUACAAUGCUUUCCCCUCCGUAAUAAAGUACCUCCCAGGAUCUCACCAAACCAUAUUUAAAAACUGGAGGCUGAUGAAAAGGUUUGUGUGCGAGAAGAUCAGCAAACAUAAGGAAGACCUGAACCCCUCAGAGAGCCGAGACUUCAUUGACAGCUACCUGCAGGAGAUGGCCAAGCCCAGUGGCAGGGAAUUCCAUGAGGAUAACCUGGUGGCAUGUACUCUUGACCUACUGUUUGCUGGGACUGAGACCACCUCCACAACCAUCCGCUGGGCCCUGCUGUAUAUGGCCAUGUAUCCAGAAAUUCAAGCCCGUGUGCAAGCAGAGAUCGAUGCUGUCAUUGGGCGGACACGACAGCCAGCCCUGGAGGACAGGAACAACAUGCCCUACACCAAUGCUGUUAUCCAUGAAGUGCAGAGGAAAGGCAACAUCGUCCCUUUCAACGUGCCCAGAGAGGCGGUGAAGGACACAGUCUUGGCUGGCUUCCGGGUGCCCAAGGGCACUAUUUUGAUCCCAAAUCUAACCUCUGUGAUGUUUGACAAGAAGGAAUGGGAAACGCCUCACAGUUUUAACCCUGGGCAUUUCCUGAAGGAUGGUCAGUUCUGGAAGAGGGAGGCUUUUAUGCCAUUUUCUAUAGGGAAGCGCGCCUGCCUGGGUGAGCUGCUGGCCCGCGCCGAGCUCUUCCUCUUCUUCACGGCUCUGCUCCAGAAAUUCACCUUCCAGGCUCCCCCGGACACCAUCCUCGACUUCAAAUUCAUUCUGGGCAUCACCUUGGCCCCGCGGCCCUACAAGAUCUGUGCAGUGCCUCGAUAGGAAGCACAGCCACUGUUUUGGGGAGGGGAUCUUCUUGGCUUUGGAGCAGUUCCACAAACUGAGCCCUCACUGGUUGCUGUGGGCUCAUCAGCAGUUUUAUUUCUUUGAAAGCAAUUACGAAAUCACUUGUUUUUACAAGUGGAUCUUGCUCACUGUAUCAGGUGAGAAAAACAAUUGGUAUUGGAUGGGCUGGGGCACUUUUGGGCUUGCAGCACAGUACUGUCAAUGAAUGAGGAGCUCAGGACAUUCUUAAUUCUAUGCUGGAUGGCCGUACUUCAUAGCAGCAAGAAAAUCUGCAGUGUUAGAGAUUUCUUUUCUUGAGCUGUAGCCCAGAUCUGUCAGAACACAGUAGCAGCCCUUGCAGUACAACAUUAAUACCAGUAGCAAUCAGAAACUUUUUUUAACUUUGAUCUCUGGAAAAUAAUUUGUAAGAAAUAAAAUACAAGCAUAACUUGUAUCACCUCUCCUUCUAGUACAUCAAUAAAUAAUUACUAAACAUCA